GGCUACAGGUGGGCGGUCCUACACGACCAAGCCUGUCAGUCGGCGAGCCUCAGGCUCUGCAGAGAAAGAUGGCGCCGCGAAGAGAGAGGGUUUCUACGCUGCCUCGGCUCCAACUGUGGGUGCUGUUGUUUCUGCCGCUGCUGCUCGUGCCCCAGCCCAUCGCCGGUCAUGGCGGCAAGUACUCGCGGGAGAAGAACGAGCCUGAGAUGGCCGCCAAGCGCGAGCCUGGGGAGGAGUUCCGCAUGGAGAAGCUGAACCAGCUAUGGGAGAAGGCCCAGCGGCUUCAUCUGUCUCCUGUGAAGCUGGCGGAGCUCCACUCUGACCUGAAGAUACAGGAAAGGGACGAACUCAACUGGAAGAAGCUGAAGGCGGAAGGCUUGGACGAGGAUGGGGAGAAAGAAGCAAAAGUGAUCCACAACCUCAAUGUCAUCUUGGCCAGGUACGGACUGGAUGGGAGGAAGGACACCCAGAUGGUGCACAGCAACGCACUUGAAGACACCCAGGACGAGCUGGGGGACCCCAGGCUGGAGAAGUUGUGGCACAAGGCAAAGACAUCAGGGAAAUUCUCCAGUGAAGAACUAGACAAGCUGUGGCGGGAGUUUCUGCACCACAAAGAGAAGAUCCACGAAUACAAUGUGAUGCUGGACACACUGAGCAGAGCUGAAGAAGGUUAUGAGAACCUUCUCAGUCCUUCCGACAUGAGCCACAUCAAGAGCGACGCGCUGAGCAGCAAGCACAGUGAGCUGAAGGACAGGCUGCGGAGUAUCAACCAGGGCCUAGACCGCCUGAGGAAGGUCAGCCACCAGGGCUACAAUGACCCUUGCUCUCCUGCAGAGUUUGAAGAGCCCCGAGUGAUAGAUCUGUGGGACCUGGCCCAGUCUGCCAACUUCACCGAGAAGGAACUGGAGUCAUUCCGGGAGGAGCUGAAGCACUUUGAGGCCAAAAUUGAAAAGCAUAACCACUACCAGAAGCAGCUGGAGAUUUCCCACCAGAAACUGAAGCACGUGGAGAGCAUCGGUGACCCCGAGCACAUCAGCCGCAACAAGGAGAAGUACGUGCUGCUGGAGGAGAAGACCAAGGAGCUGGGCUACAAGGUGAAGAAGCAUCUGCAGGACCUGUCCAGCAGGGUCUCGAGAGCUCGGCACAAUGAGCUCUGAGGACCGGGAGCCACCAGCAGAGGGGCUCCUGAAGACACUGGGAGCCGGCAGCAUGCCGUCUGCAUGCACAGCCCCUGUAACUGGUGUGGCUGACCACAGUGACGUGGCAAGGAGGAUCCUUGGACACACCAAUAUGAUCCUGCUGUGGUUGGCAAGGACUUCUUUUCUCUCGAGCAAGUGCGUGUGGCCAUCACCACCCUGGCUGAGGGCCUUGGGCACAGCCACCAGUGAGACAUGACUGUUCUCCAUGCUGCAGCAGCACAGUUUACAUUGAAAUGACAUAAAUCUGUCACUGGAAAUGUUCUGUACGGAGUCCUUAAAUACAUGGCAGGAUUUUGAGCCACCCAGUCCUUG